AUGAACCACGGCAGCCCUCAAACCCCACAGGAAAUUGUGGUAACCCUGAUAAUGCCCACUUUACGUGCUGCCGCACCCAAGGUAGCCCAAGACUCAAACCCCACAGGAAACUGUGGUAACCCUGAUAAUGACCACUUUACGCGCUGCCGCACCCCAAGUACAGUGAAAGAAGAGGAGGAGGAAGAGAUAGAGGAUGAUGCAGUUUUUAGAGUGAAGGAGGAGGGAGAGAUAACUGUCACAUUGAAAGAGGAAGCGGAGACAGGAGAUCUGAUUAACACCAGAGAGAGACAUGACCUUCGUGGAUCCUCUGGGGAGCCUCAACAACAACAUGAUGCUGAUGAGGCAGAGAAAAGCCUCUCCAGAUCAGAACACCUCAAGAAACACCAGCAGAGACCCACAGGAACGAAACCUCACUGCUGCGCUGACUGUGGGAAGAGUUACUCAAGAUCAGAUUCACUAAAACUACACCAGAGAAUUCACACAGGUGAUAAAUCUCACUGCUGCUCUGACUGUGGGAAGCGACUUACCUCUUCAGCAGACCUCAAAAGACAUCAGAGAAUCCAUACAGGAGAGAAACCUUAUAGCUGUGAUCAGUGUGGGAAGAGUUUUAAUGUUCCAAGCAGCCUGAAAUCACACCAGAGAACACACACAGGGGAGAAACCUUAUAGCUGUUAUCAAUGUGGGAAGAGUUUUACUACAUCUAGCCGUCUGACUAUACACCAGAGAACACACACAGGAGAGAAACUUUAUAGCUGUGAUCAAUGUGGGGAGAGUUUUACUACAUCUAGCCAGCUAACUAUGCACCAGAGAACACACACAGGAGAGAAACCUUAUAGCUGUAAUCAAUGUGGGAAGAGUUUUGCUCACUCACGCAGCCUGAUAGCACACCAGAAAAUACACACUGGAGAGAAACCUCACUGUUGCUCCGACUGUGGGAAGAGAUUCACCUCUUCAGCAGACCUUAAAAUACAUCAGAGAAUCCAUACAGGAGAGAAACCUUAUAGCUGCUCUGACUGUGAGAAGAGCUUUACAAAAUCAUCUACAUUACAAUCACACCAGAGAAUUCACACUGGAGAGAAACCUUAUAGCUGCGCUGACUGUGGGAAGACCUUUACAAAAUCAUCUACUUUACAAUCACACCAGAGAAUUCACACAGGAGAGAAACCUUAUAGCUGUUAUCAAUGUGGGAAGAGUUUUACUGAGUCAGGACAUUUAAAAUCACACCAGAGAACACACACAGGAGAAAAGCCUUAUCGCUGUAAUCAAUGUGGGAAGAGUUUUACUCACUCAAGCAGCCUAACUAUACACCAGAGAACA